GAAAGGAAGGCACGAGCUACAGCUCGAGCCAAUGGCAGCAGAGUGAGUGGGCGGGGCUUGUGAGCUGUAUUAUCUCCACAGUAGAACAUAAACAGUAGCAGAGUGGAGACGUAGUGAGUCUGUAGCAGUCAUGGUGAAAGAUGCGAAUAAGCCGAAAGGUCGGACCUCAGCGUACGCCUUCUUCGUUCUCAACUGUAGGGAGGAACACAAGAAGAAGAGCCCGGAAACCUCAGUGAACUUUGGCAAGUUCUCCAAGACCUGCUCAGAGCGGUGGAAGACUCUGUCUGCUACCGACAAGAAGAAAUUUGAAGAUCAGGCGAAGGUCGAUAAGGACCGAUACGAUCGCGAGAUGAAGAACUACAUCCCUCCGAAAGGCAUGGGGAAGAGGGAGAGGAAGAAGAAGGACCCCAACGCUCCAAAACGUCCCCCGUCUGCGUUCUUCGUGUUCUGCUCGGAGCACAGGCCGACGGUGAAGGGUGAGUACCCCGGCCUGUCCAUCGGAGACCUCGCCAAGAAGCUGGCCGAGAUGUGGGGCAAACAGAGCCCUAAAGACCGCACGCCCUACGAGCAGAAAGCAGCCGCGCUGCGCCAGAAAUACGAGAAGGACAUGGCUGCAUACCGUGCGAGAAGCGGAGCCGGAGGUGGAGGCGGAGCUCCCAAACGAGGCCCUGGCCGAUCUGCAGGUUCUAAGAAAGCUGUGGUCGAGGUUGAUGAUGAUGACGACGAUGAGGAAGAUGAAGAUGACGAGGAAGAAGACGACGAUGAGGAAGAUGAUGACGACGAGUAGUGUGUGUGUUUGAGACUGCUGCUGCAUCUAUGCAGGAUCACUUCAGUGUGGUUUGGGGGGUUUAACAUGAGCGUGUGUGUGUGUGUGUGUGUGUGUGUGUGUGUGUGUGUGUGUGUGUGUGUGUGUGUGUGUGAGACCAGCCUAAGCAAUAAGUCACAGAGGUUGUGAUGUUUAUUUUUGUACGGGUUUGUGUUUCAGCCAUGUGUAGAGUACAGUUUUAUAAUAAACUCACACUCUUAUCUACA